GCGUUCUGUUCCAGAAGACCUGUUGCAGCCAUGAUGCCUGUUGCAACCGUGAUGCCUGACGACACACCGAUGUUUGACCCAAAUAUUCUGCAUGAGCUGGACUGGAGCGAGAACACGACGACGUUUUCUCCUGCUAUUUCUCCUUUGGAUCCGGGAGAUGGCCUAGUUUUGAGACCACUUUGCACAGCUGAUUUAAAUCGAGGCUUUUUUAAGGUUCUGGGUCAGCUGACUGAAACUGGAGUUGCAAGCCCAGAGCAGUUUAUCAAAACCUUUGAGCACAUGAAGAGAUCUGGAGAUUACUACGUUACUGUCGUCGAAGACACAAAUCUUGGACAGAUUGUUGCCACGGCAACGCUGGUUAUAGAACAUAAGUUCACUCACUCCUGUGCAAAGAGAGGAAGGAUAGAAGAUGUAGUAGUAAGCGGGGAGUGCAGAGGAAAGCAGCUUGGUAAACUAUUAACGUCCACCCUGACAUUGCUAAGUAAGAGACUGAACUGUUACAAAAUUACGCUUGAGUGUCUGCCAAAAAAUGUGGAUUUCUAUAAAAAGUUUGGCUAUUCGGUAUCUGAAGAAAACUACAUGUUUCAACGGUUCUUUAAUUAAGAACUUCUAGUCUUUUUUUUUUUUUUUUUGUAAAGACUGUUGGUGGAGGAGCUUGUGCUACAAACAUUCUCUUCAUGGAAAAUUUAUAUAGUUUACUGCUGCAAAUAUAAUGAUCCCUAUAAAUAAUGAACAUCAAAUGUGUAAAUCCUGCAAAAAAAAAUUACUGACGUUUUAGAAGGGUCCUUUGGGUUAGGAAAUAAGCGCUUAGAACUAAUUUUUACUACUGUUCAGUCUAAGUGAAGCUUUUUUGUUCUAGCUGAGUUACAAAGGACUCUUGUUAAAGGGAUGGUUUUUAACCAAAGGUAUAUAUUUUUAUC